AUGGGAUUCCUAUCUCCUACUUUCUCGAACAUCUCUGCCUGAAGCUGAGCUAAAGGUUGCAGACACAUUCGAUUCGACUUUUCUUCCUGUCUCCGAUUCAGGAAUGUACAUGUGAAAGAAACGAUUCUGUGAAAUGGCGUCAUGCGAUACAAUGUUGCUGUCCAAGUAGGAGUCAAACAAGAACGACAAAGCAGUGGGAAAAAAAUCCUGUAACAUCGCUUGUUUUGGAUAUCGCUAACUAGCUAGUUAACGACGUUGGCCCAACAAUAACACCCGUGUCAUGUGGGAGUAACUCUCAUCCCUGGAGGCGAGAUGCUAGCCACACAGACCCCAGAUACAGGGCCAGAGGCAAAAGACGUCAAGCAGUGGAUUAAGGAGAAGUUGGCGUGGUCACUCAAGGCGUUGCAGAAGCGCUACGUGACAACCGAUGUCGUGGUUACCAGCGAGGACGGUGACGCCAACCUGCUGUGCUGCACACUGGAGGCCAUCUUUAUCCACGGCAUCAAGAGCAAAUAUGUUCGCUCCGAGGCCGGGGGACGCGGCAGGAAAGGGGGGUCCCGGGGACCCCUCCCCCAACCUGUGUUCUGGAGCCUGCUCAAGACGGUCACUCACGGUGACGUGAUCACGGAGCUGGAGAAGCUGAGCUUCGUGGGUACGGACACGGGUCGCUGCCGGGCCUGGCUGCGGCUGGCCCUCAACCACGGCCUGAUGGAGUGCUACCUGGCCUCCCUGUUCCGCGAGGGCUCCAAACUGCAGGCCCACUACCAGCCCUCCGCCCUGCUUCUGGACCCUGAGGAGCGUGAGGUGCUGCUCAGUUACAUCCAGGGCUUGGCCUCCCUCACCUUCAACCUCUCUUACAAAUCGGCCGUGCUCAACGAGUGGACCACCACCCCUCUGGCUCUGGCUGGCCUCUGCCCUGCCGCCCAGGCUGAAGCGCUCGACCUCCCCUUUCUCACCAAGCGCAAGGAAUCCUGGGAUACGGCGUCACAGUCGUCCGGCGGGUCGGAUACGGUUGAAGUGCAGCGAGGGGGGCCAGGGGUACUGGGGAAGGGGAUUGGGGGGGUCUCAGGGUUUAAGACCCCACUGAAUUCAUCCAAUUUGAGCCUGGACACCACAGGGUCAUCUCAGCUCUCCUCCAGUCUGAGUUCUGACAGUCUGCUUCAAGGUCACGACCCCAAGAGCCCAGACAAGGAGACCUGGCCAUGUGACCUGGAAAUCUCCAACAUGGAGAACAAUGGCAAUGCCAAGAGGCCUCUCAAAGAUGUUCUGGCAGACUUCAGGGAGAGUGCCCAUUCCAGUCAGGACUCCAUGCGCGAGGAUUCAUACGUGUCCACCCCAGGCGCAGACCACCUCUCUGAGAACACUGCCUUCAGUGGCUCCGACAGCGAGACCCAGGGGCAUGUCACACAUCUCACUGGCCCCUCUAACCCUGCUUCACUGGGGUCAGACCAGGAGGAGCCUUCCACUAAGACCCACGUCCCCUCCAACGUGUACUCGCACAUUGAAGGGCCCUCCAGUCUCAGUGACUGUGUGGAGAGCACAUCGACAACUCCUCACCUGCCUGUCACUGAGACGCCACAGGAGAAAAAAACGGAAUGUUCUGUUAAGAGCGCCUCGGAGCCUUCAGCCCACAUGAACCUGCACCGCACUACCAGCGUGCUCAGUCGGACGGUGUCUACAGACUCAGUCGCACAUUCCCACUCCUGGAUCUCUGAGGAUGACAUCUAUAAGCCACACCUUGAGGAACUGGCUGACCCCGAAGAGUCUUUGCUAGGGUCUGGCCCAGCUUGUGUGAACGGAUUUACCUCUCCCCCUCCAGAGCCCGAGACCCCCCAGUCUCCCCCCAGCGUGGUUCACCGCAGGCAGAUAGGCCUCUCCAACCCUUUCCGCGGACUGCUGAAGCUGGGCCACCUGGAGCGGCGGGGCACGGUGGGCAUGUGGCGCGACUACUACUGCGAACUCUCGCCCUUCGAGUUCCGCCUCUACCUGAAUGCAGAGGAGCGCACCUGCUGCGACAAUUGCUCCCUGUUGCGUUGCGAGGACGCCCGCGUCACCUCGGCCGAGGGCCGCUUCGACCUUGCCUUCCCCGGGAAAAGGCUCCUCAUGCGGGCGGCCAACCUCGAUGAGGCCGAGGACUGGGUGGACCGCAUUGCUGAAGCCGUCAACAAGUGCCGCCCGCUUCACCUCAUUGAUGACCAGUGGGAGGUGCUGCAGCUCUCUGACAGCAGUGUAACCCAGGAUGAGCCCCCAAAAUCUUCCCCUUCAUCCACCUCCUCCGUACCCGCCAGUCCCGAGCGAGGGGGGACUGUGGUUGAGCAGGAGCAACAGCUGGAGCUGGACUGGACGCGUCCCACAGACCCAGAGUCAGACGCCAUUAAGGAAGCGGUGCUGUACUUCUGCCAGGACUCCGAGGCUCGCAACUGGACUCCUCUCGUCUUCUCCCUCUCCUUAGAAACUCUCAAGGGCUUCUGGAUGCAAGGCGGGCAGAAGGUGCUGCGCUGCUCCCACCCAAUCGAGGGGAUCCGAGACGUGGUCCCAGACGUUUCUCUGGGUGGACCAGCCUUCUUUAGGGUUGUAACGGCCAGGGAUACGCUCAAGCUGAGGGCCAAGAGCUCUGAGGAGGCACGUGCCUGGAGGGGCCUCAUCAGGGGAGCCCUGGACUCCUACCUGGAAAGUGGAGAAGACUGGGAGCCUGAGAGCCCCGGGGUGGCACCUGGGGCGGGAGGGAACAUCCACAGACUGGUGCAGCAUAGACUGAAGGGGGACGGGGUGCUGCUGGCCCAUCUAUGCACAGUGCCCACAGAGAAGGGACUGGACCUUCAGGGCUUCAAGUGUGCAGGUUGUCCAAAGGUGAUCGGCGUCUCCCGAGGGAAAGCCAGACUGUGUGAGUUCUCAGGGCAGUACUACUGCGUCGCUUGUCACCAGGGCGACACCAUCGUCAUACCCUCCCGCAUGGUGCACAACUGGGACCUCGCACCUCGGGAGGUCUCCAGGCAUGCCCUUAAACUGCUGGCUCAGAUUGAACAUGAGCCCCUGCUCAACCUUGACCUUUUGAACCCUGACCUGUGGCAGCAUGCUGAGGCCAUGGCCCAGGCACAGAGCCUCAGACAGAGGCUGCGUCUCCUAGGAGACUACCUGCUCACCUGCCGCAGCGGAGCGUGCAAGAACAUCCAGACCAGACUGGGUCCAAGAACAUACUUAUUAGAGUCAAGCCAUCUCUACAGUGUCAUGGACUUACGACAGAUAGCGGAGGGAAUGUAUGUGGCCUACCUGAACAUUUUGAUCCAGUUUGCCUCCAACCACGUCCACCACUGUGACCUUUGCACCCAGAGGGGCUUCAUCUGCCAGAUGUGUCAUGCCAGUGACAUCAUCUUCCCCUUCCAGUUUGACACCACCACCAGGUGUAAAGACUGUAAGGCCGUGUUUCACGCAACCUGCAAGGCCAAGUCGCCUUCCUGUCCACGAUGCCUGCGUCUUCAGAGGUACCUCGAGAGAGAUCUGCAGGACUAACCGGCAACCCUGCAGGAAUGCUCUUUGUGACCCAGUGGGCUUCCCAUAGCUGCAGAGACCUAUGAAAUGACAAACGACAAGAGCAGACAUUGACAUCCUGCUUCUAGGUUCUUUUUUUCUACAUGAACUAACCUCAAGUGCAAUUAGGAAGUGUGACUGUAUGGACCGACCACAGACCAAACGUGAUCAACCGAACUGGAUAGUGGUAGAGCCAGGAGCUAUUCGUCAACUUGCACUAACAUAGAGAGGUUUCUGCUAUUGACAUGGUUGACAAGGUGAAGCAAGCUGAUAUGUUCUUACCUCUCUGAAUUAGCUCUAUGUCUUGAGUGUCCAAGCCAAGGAAUCAUAUGAACAAUAUAAUCCAGUAAAGGAUGAUGCCAAGAAUCUCCUUGAUGCAAUUUCUAUGACAUUUAUACAUUGAUGUUGUCAUUGUUUGGGGGCUUGUGGUGUUUUGUUACCUAGUUAUUUCAUGUUUACAGGAAACGCUCGCUGUAAAUUUGUACAGAACUUUCUGGGAAGCUCAAAGGAGCAAGUCACUCAUAUAAAAUAAAUAUUAAACUGCUUCCAGUUCCACAAGACGGGAUACAUAUAUACACCUGCAAAAAAAUCUGCACUUGAAAAUGUUCUCAAACUUAGAUCGUGCCUUCAUUUUUAUUUUUAACUUUUACACUCAAAAACAUAAUGUUCCAUUGAUUGUAGAAUUAUGUAUCAUGCAACAUCAAUGAAGUUGUGACACAAACAGAAAAUUAAGAAACGGGCGAUUUUAGGUACUGUAGGGUCAAAGCGUAGAUUGUCAUUAUUGAAUGUUAGUUGCCAAAUGUCAACAUUUGUGAGUACUUACGUCUUGAUACAAAUCCAUUAAUUCAGAAUGGGAAUUUCUUAAUUAAUGUCUUGAUGUUAUCACCAUCUGAUAAGUUCUGACCACAUAAAGAAAAAUUAUUCUGUCCAAGUUAUAAGAGCUAGUCAUUAAUUAGAUGCAUUGGGUUAGGAUUUAUGCUCCACUUUACCCCGAAACCCUUUUGCUGCAAAAUAUCAGACUAGUUCCAGGCUAGCAUUGAAAAGAAGCUUAUAGUCUUCAGAAAUGUGUUCCCCACCCAUUAUGGUAUGCUACCAGUAUGAUAAGCCAUAUGAAAUAACAGGAUGUUGAUUAACAUAACAAAAAAUGCUUAUGUUGCAGCAAAACCAAAAAGCAGCUUUGUAGAGUGAGUGUUGGUUCGUUAAUGUUCUUGCUUCGUAACUGAACUUCUCAAUGUUUCAGGAUAUUCUAAAUCAUUUUGCAUACUUGCACCUUAACACAUUGGUCUGCGUUUAUCCUGUAGUUAUUUCAUUCAAUAGUUUCAGCCAGUUGUCCUCCCAGAGAAAUCAUGAUUUUUUUUCAAAGGGUAUAUGGCCUUUUUAAUUAUUUAAUGUAUCAUUUUGUGUGGGAAUGCUUUUACCAUUCAACCAUUGUGAGAAGAUGUCAUUAUUUUAAAUGUUAACUGAAGGAAACGGAUGGCUUUCCUGAUAUCUGAUGCCGAGAUCAUGUAAGACGAUGUGUAAAGCAGAAUUACAUACUGAAAGCAGUCCUGAAAUUAUGUUACACUAUGCCACUGGGCUCCAAUGGUUACUCACGAGGUACCAGAAUAUCAUUACAUCUCUUUUUCCCAUGUUUUUAUGACAUAUAUCAAGGUUUUAUUAGUAGUUAGACUGAUUUGUACACAUUCACAGCUAAAAGCUGAAUUGCAGUAUACAGACAAAAAAGAAAGAAAAAAGUUUAAGCAAAAAAUAUGGCAUGAAGUCUCUAGUCUUGACAGCUUCUGAUGGGGACUGCUCUUGGUGUGAAGGUCUCUAUUCGUGUGGUCAUUUUAUAAAUGCUAAUUAUUAUAUUAUGAUGAACAUAAGAAUAAAGACUAUCUAGUUAUCGUU